AUGACGACGCAUUGGCUGCAACACCAACAACCUCAACUAUGGACAUCUCAACAACUAUCCGCAAUCGGCCUCGGUCCUUGCCCCGAGCGCACUAUUCGAACCCGGCCCGAUAGUGACGGGCACCAACACCCCGCCAUCGCUGAAUGA